AUGGAACGAAGCAGCAGCCAACGACACGGAAGCGGCAAUAGCAAGAGAAGCAGUAGAAGCAGUGAAAGGCUUUUGGUGGAAGACGAGACUGCUGAUGAUCAGAGCCGAACAAGCCGAAAGAGUCGAAGAAGCCAGAGCACGCGAAACUUUGGAUCUGGUGCCAGCGUCAGCAACAGAAGAAGAGUGGAUAGCAAAGCCCAAAGCAGCCGAACAUUGGGCGGAACGAAGAUUUCCAAGACCAAUAACAGCCAAAAGCUGGAUCAUCAUGGCAGCAGUGGCAGGAGUGUGAGCAGCAAAAGAAGUCGAAAGCAUAAUGAGGUGGACAAGAAGAGCAGUCACAGUCGGAGCAGCCGGAAAUUGCUGGAAGGAACUCGUAACGUCAGUCUAAGGCCGAGCAGUGAUAGUGUUGACAGCUUCAAGAGUUUCGGACUAUUGGAAGAAGAAGAAGCUCCUCGCAGGCUCAAACGAAUCCCGAGCACUGAUAGCAUUGACACCUUCAAGAGUUUCGAUUUGGAGCUUGAUGUGCAAGAGAGCGUGAGUCUCGACUUCGAUCUAGACCUCAACAGCAGUGACAGCAGUGUCAGUCUUGACCUUGCAACAGAGUCUCGAGGAAGUGGAAAGAGUUUUAGUAGCAAGCGGAAUAGUGCAAAGAGUGUUAGCAUUAAGAUACCAAGAGGAACGAGCUUUAGAGGAAGUGGAAAGAGUGUUGCUAGCCGAAGAAGCACGUUAUCAAUAGACGAAGACAGCGUCUUACAUGACAGCGCAUUGCAUGACAGUACCGUCGAAGGCCUUUUGAAUAUGCGCACCCAACUUAGUAAUCUAGGUUUCCUGGAAAAUGAUAGGAAGGGGCGCCAAAAUAGAACCAGUGGCAGCUCUGUCACUAGUCGGAGAUCCGCGAGAUCCACUGUAACAGUGAAGGAACGCAUGGAAGCCGACGAAGCUUUCUUACUGUAUACACGCACCGAAAAGGCUGCCUUACAAAUUCAGCAAGCCUUCCGAAAGAAGCAUCCUGAAAUGAAUCCAGCGGGAAAGCCUGACGAUGAUAACACCAAGGGGCCUUCCGAAUCCUCCCUGUCCGUCUACAGCACGGAAAAAGUGACCAAAGACGAAGGCGAUAGAGACAAGACACAAUGGUAUACCGCCCUUUUCUUCGGAGCAGUUGCAUUCGUGCAACUUCUCACUACAUUUUUGUCUGGCUGUGCCAGAUGUUUUGGGAAAGGAAGCGAUGGCGACGAUGAAAUUGCGGCGGCUGCCAAUAACGCCGCGGUAGAAGGCGGUGGAGUAGGUGGUGGCGGUGGUGGAGAAGCCGCUCAAGGAGCACAAGGACCCGCCCAAGCCAUGGCUGGGCAAGCUGCCAGUGCUGCUGGGAGUGCUGCAUCCUCUGGAGUAGCAGCUGCUGGAGCAGCCGCCGCUGCUGCAGCUGGAGCGGCAGCUGCUGGUGGUUUUGCCGCUGCUGCCUCAGCUGUUGGCGUCACCGCAGCUGUGGCUACCGUUGCAGGAGUUGCUGCCGUUAUUGUCACUUCUUCGGGAGGUAACAAUACGGUGGUCAGUGAGGCAACAACGAUCGUGUCUUCGUGUGGUUUGGUCAAUCCUACUGUGCGACCGGCCCGAGUAUCAUUUUUGAUGGAGGGCUUCACCGAAGAGUUUGAUGAAAGGGAAUCCUUACUAUUGGAGAGCUUAUUGGUGGAAGCCUACAACAACAUUACAGUGGGUGAUGGAUGUUCGGACGAGUUCCUACGAGAAUUGAAUGGAGCCAAAUUAGUCGAUCAGGUAGUCUUCCCAGCAAACGAGGUGAAUAACUCCAUUGUAGAGACAACUUUCGAGACGGUUCUCUUCUGCGAUGGCUGCCCUGAAGUCAAUCCCAUGUUUGGAGGCUUUGCUGACAAUGAAGACUUACGCCGCAACUUGCGACAAAAUUCCCUUCCUCGACGCUUGGAAACAAUGGAAAGCUUUCAGUUUUUUCAAGAGUUUAUUCAAGUUGUCUUGGUCGGAGUCAAGCAACUUUCCGAUGACGCAGAGAUUAGUGACGAGUUCAUUCAACUGGCAAAAGGAUACAUCACUGACAUCAAAGAUGAGAACGGAAACGACAACGGAAGUGGAGGUGGCAGUGGGGAAGGUGGCAGCAAUGGUGGUAGUGGUGGAGGAGGUGGUAGUGGUGGCAGUGGUGCAAGCGGAGGAUCAGGAGGAGGAGGAGGGUCCGGCCAGUCCCUCGUCACUACUGUCAACGCUGUGUUUAACGCUGCAGGAGAGAUUUCAGCCCUUACUUUCGAAUUCACGGUGGACGGCGAAAAGAUUGUAACAACAGUCAAUGUAGCUCCUGCAACUGACGCACCCACAGUCACCCCGACGCUAUUUCCCACGGACCAGCCGUCGUUCCUCCCCAGUGUUUCCCAAAUGCCGUCCAUGACAAAUGCCACUUACGCCCCUACGGAUACACCAUCUUCGGAACCGAGUGAAGGCCCAUCUACCAAUCCAAGUUCUGAGCCAUCUACAAAUCCAAGCUCUCAACCCUCUAUGCUCCCAAGUGUUAUCCCGAGUGCUCUGCCCUCUGUGGUUCCAAGCGAUAUGCCCAGCGCCGCUCCUUCCGAAAGUCCAAGUGAAUCACCGAGUGAUGUUCCGAGUUUGAACCCUAGCUCUCAGCCAAGUGCACUACCCAGUACCAGACCGUCUGCGGUACCAAGUCUUGUCCCCUCCAUCAUUCCAACUCUGUCCAUGGUUCCAUCAGAUGUGCCGAGUCAAGUGCCCUCCUUCCAGCCCAGCCCAAGUCCAACUAGGACCCCUUCCAGUAGGCCAACAAUGUUCCCAACCAUCAGCAUUCGCCCCACUCCAUGCAUUUGGACUGCCGCAGAACGCAUACAAUCCAAGAUUGGAAAUGGGCCAGAUGCAAAUUGUACAGGAAUUGAUUACCUCUCACGAUGGGUCCCAGUCCACAUCAUCGACCAGAGUCAAGAUGGUGAAAGUGUGACCUUUCGACUCCAGCCGCGGUUGUUUGCAUCCAAUAUUUCUUCUCUGGCAGCAAUGACGUAUCCCAGUGCAGGUUCCACUUCCACGUGUAAUGUCCAGACCACUGCCACCUUUGAUAACAGAAGGUCGUACACGGGAGAUUGUACAAACGGUGAACUGGAAGUCACUUUCUACUUGUUCAUGUGUGGCUCCGAAAACAAUGUAAACCAGACUACCUCCACAUUUUGCGAGACUCCCUCUGAAAUGGACGAUUAUUAUGAGUACAGAUACAAGCUUGACUGUUGGGAGAAGUGCGAGACCGAAGGUCCCACAUCAGGGCCGACAAGUGGCCCCACAGUGUCACUCAGACCAACUAGUAUGCCCUCCGCGACACCAUCAAGUGCGCCGAGUCCAUCACCAACUAACCGACCGACAGUAUCUGCAGCUCCGAGCAAAGCUCCUACCAAAGUCCCAACAGGACCGUAA